AUGGACUUUCCAGUUGCUCUCAAGUCAAUAUCAGAAUUUGAAAGAUUGAAUAAUAUGUCAAUUAACGUUUAUGGAAUAGAAAAGGAAUUCAUUGAUGGAAAGUCUAAAUAUCAGGUGGUACGACCGUUACAUUACACGGCGCAAAAACAACCCACUCAUCUGAACUUAUUACUUAUUGAUGAUUCAGAAGUUAAGCUGCCCCAACUGGAAACCAGAGUUGAUCGCCUUGGAAACACGGUAAUGGAUAAUGUGCUGAAAUUUGAACAGCAUCACAAACAAUUAAGACUACCGUUUUGCGUUUAUGCGGACUUUGAAUGCAUCCUAGCUGCGAUAGACAAUCACUCAAGUGCUUCAGAGGAUAUGCGAUUUGUCGAUUCAUAUCAGUUUCUAUCGUCAAAAUUAGAAACCUUGGCAUCCUUUCUAAGCGCAGAACAAUGUCGGACGGUACGAGUCUUUCCUGAGGACGAAAAGUUCUCCUACAUGAGAUGCAAAGGUAUAUUUCCAUAUACAUAUCUUAAUAGGUUAGACAAAUAG